CUACUACUACUACUACUGACGGAGAUUUCCCCCCUCGGCACUCAAUGCAAAAACCCACGGCAAGAAGCUGGCGGUGAUCUCUUUUUUACUCAAGUUAUUUCAGUCGCCAAUUACUUAUCUCCACCGAGUAAAAAGCGCUCUUUUUUUUUCUCACUUGUUGAGAUUUACGCAUAAAUAAUAAUAUUUCCCGUGAGAAACGAAUGAUAGCUUUUUCUCUCUUCCUUUUCCUUUAGUAACUCCUUCAAUUACGAACAAAAUAUAUCAUGGCGGUGGGUCUUGAGCUCAAGUGCGAACCAGAAGAAGCAAAGAAAGUCAUCUAUGAGACCAUCGACAAGGUCUCGCCUGAGUUACGCGAGAUCAGUUUGGAUCUUCACAACAACCCAGAAACGUCCAUGAACGAGCAUCAUGCUUCGCAAGUGUUGGCUGACUACGUUGAGAAAAAGGGGUUUAAGGUUACGCGUAAGGUGUUUGGAAUGGAAACUUCGUUUAGGGCCGAGUUUGGCGAUGAAACCAACGGUGGCCGACGCAUCGGCUUUUGUUCAGAAUAUGACGCGCUUCCUGGACUUGGACAUGCCUGUGGCCAUAACCUGAUUGCUAUUAGCGGUGUCGCCAGUGCUUUGGCCGUCAAGGCUUUGUUGGAAAGUGGAAAGGCGUCCGGCAAGGUUAUACUUUACGGCACCCCGUCUGAAGAACUCUUGAGCGGCAAGAUUGUCAUGAUGAACCAUGGUGCUUUCAAGGAUAUUGACGUAUGCUUGAUGUUGCACCCCGCCAAUGCCCAUGCCAACUAUGUUUCGUUCUCUGCUCUUCAGGACGUUAAAGUCGAAUAUCGUGGCAAGCCUGCCCACGCUGGUGGUGCUCCAUGGAAUGGUAGUGUUAACGCUUUGGAUGCCAUCUGUCAGGCUUGGGUAAGCAUUGGUUUACUUCGACAGCAGCUUCAGAGUCAUGAUCGCGUACACGGUAUCAUCACCGAUGGUGGCAAAGCACCCAAUAUCAUUCCGGAUUACACUGCAGGUCACUUUUACGUUCGAUCUAACAGCGCUGUGCGCGUUGAAGAAAUUAAAGAAAAGGUUGACAACUGCUUCCGCGCUGCAGCUUUGGCCACUGGCACCCAAGUCACUAUGAAAUGGCGCGAUAUUGGCACUUGCAAGAACAUUGUCCAAAACCCCGUGCUUGCUGAGACUUAUGCAAAGUAUUUGAAAGAGUUUGGCCACGAAGUUCCCUCACGCCAAAUCCAAGAAGCAACCCUGUUUUGUUUCCUCUUAGAUUUUGGCAACGUGAGCUAUACUAUGCCUGGAUUACACCCAUUGUACAGCAUUGGCGUAUCCGAUUUCCCUCAUACCGCUGGAUUUGCCAAUGCAACGUGCACCGAAGAGGCGCACAAGGCUACCAUCGAGGCAGCCAAAAGCCUGUCCAUGGUUGCCGCACAUACUCUACUUGAUAAGUCCUUUUACGAAUCUUCGAAACAAGAGUUUGAAGACAACGUACCCGUCAAUAUGCGCAAAAACUACUAA